AUGGCUCAUUUUUGGGAAGACACGAAGCGCUACUCAAAACUGGGCCUCGAUAAAGCAUGGGACACCAUCGACAAGCUGGGCCCUCCCAUGAAUCGUCUCUCUAACAGACUAGGUGCCGAGGCCUUCUGGCCAAUGUCUAUCGACAAAGAGAGCGACAAAGCUGCACGCAUCAUUCGCAGUUUCUGCAAGGAUGGUUUCUAUACUCCCGAAUCCGAGAGUACUACGGAUGAAUAUGGCAAGAUCAAUCGGCCCAAAAGCAAUCAACGUGCUAUCAUAAAGAUACCGCAGCAUGUUAUCAAGAAUGCAAAAGGAUUGGCUAUCUUCACCACUAUGCGCACUGGUCUGUGGGUUAGCGGUGCCGGAGGUAGUGGAGUGUUGCUGGGACGCAUUCCCGGAACUGAUGAGUGGAGUCCACCAUCCGGUAUCCUCCUACAUACCGCUGGCAUUGGCUUCUUGGCUGGUGUGGACAUUUACGAUUGCAUCAUGGUCAUAAAUACAUACGAGGCCCUGGAAGCGUUUACGAAAGUCCGUUGUACUAUCGGUGGUGAAUUGAGCGUCACCGCCGGCCCGGUCGGUAUAGGAGGACUCGUUGACAGCGAAGUUCAUAAACGACAGGCACCAAUUUUGACAUACAUGAAGAGCAAGGGUAUCUAUGGCGGUGUCGCAUUGGACGGUACGAUCAUCAUUGAGCGCUUUGACGAGAACGAGAAAUUCUAUGGGGAGCGCAUUUCAACCCAAGAGAUUCUCAGAGGCAACGCUAGGCACCCGCCUAGAUCUGUUUCCAACUUGAUACAAACAAUCCAUGCAGCUCAGGGAGAUACCGCAGAUUUUGUACGUCUUAUUUCCUCAUCUGGCGAUCCCCCCCAGCUUGGCACCGCCAGGUGA